AUGGUGAAGUUUAGAAAUUACACACUUGAUCUAGGCUAUCCAAUCUACGGAGCAAAAUUCGUCAGUGACAAGGUUUUGGUUGUCACAGGAGGCGGAGGAGAAGGAAACAAUGGUAUUCCCAAUAAAAUUACAGCCCUUUUGAUUCAGCCAGAGAACUCCAGGAAGCCCAUCAAACGGUAUAGAGAACUGGUUUUGAAUGAAAAAGAGGAUUGCCCGAUGUCUCUGGAUGCGAAUAAUAACCAGAUCCUGGUUGGUAUUAAUGAAAAUUCAGAGUCAAUUAGGCGAGGAGUGAACAAACACUUGAGGAAGUUUAAAUACCAUAAUGAUCACUUGAAGUUUGUCGAGAGUUGCCAGAUUCAUCCUGGAAAUAAUCCUCAGCAUUACCAAAAACUGACUAAAAUGACUAAGGAUGCUACACUGGGCGUUAUCGCGAUGAGCGAUGAACCCUCAUCUCUAUAUAUUGUGGAUAUGUCGGGCGAUCUUGAGGAAAAAUUCAAAAUUGUGACCGUUGGCGACGUGAAGGAUAUCAGCAUUUCUCCUGAUGGCAAAAUGAUGUGUUAUAUCACAUCGAAUCAUUUUGAAGCAAUAUCGACAGUGACUGGGAGGUCUAUUUUCAAGAGCAAGGUCAAUUUUUUGAUGUCGAAGAUUGAAUUUUAUGACAACAACAUGGUUAUAAUAGCUGGUUCUAGCAAAAGUGGAGUUGUGGUUGGUAAAUUUUCUAUUGCGAAAUCAGCAGUGACGAAAACUACUGUCAUAGCUAAAACUUUAAAAGGAAUAACCUCAAUGGAUACCAAUAGUCAAUGCGGUUUGAUUGCUUUGGGAGGAUCUGAUUGUUCAAUCCUGUUAGUUAGAUCGCAUGAUUUGAAACUGCUAAAGAAGCUUGAUAAAGUGCACGGUUUUGCAAUUACGAGGGUUGUUUUUUCAGAAAAUGGUGAGUAUCUUGCAUCCGUAUCAGCAGCAAAUACUGUGAAUGUCAUAGAACUACCCUCCAAGCUUGCUGAGUCGAAACCGUUGUAUUUGUCAUUGUUUCAAGUUCUUUUCUCAGUUAUAGUUGCAUCUUUGGUAGCCUUUGUGCUCCAAUACCUCCAUGUCAAUGGGUAUUUCCAGCAAAUGCAAACAAAGGCAGUUGAAUACUACAGGUCCAAACAGUUGACAGACUCAUCAGCCUAUUUCACAAUUCAGCCAAUUGCCUCAAGUGAAGUGUUCCCCAAGGGUCCGCCAUCUACUACCACAUACAUGCCCAGCUCUUCCUAUAUAUCCAAUUUGCCUACGGAUAACUGGGCGACAGAUGCGCAUAAAAUAAGUGAACAACAUGAUACCGAAAAUAGUGAGUAUACAUUUCUGAACCCAGUCGAAACGUUCGCAAACGAAACGCAAACAGUUUGUAGUAGCGUUACUAGGUCAAUGGACACUAACGGCCAUCAGAAACAGAUAUCGCUGAAAAGUGAACCUGAUGUUUCCAGUUAUCAGAACAAAGAUUUCCUUACAACAUCCAAAAAGAGUGAAUCAGGCACUGAAGUUCAGAAGGGUACGAAGACGCUGACGGUUAUUGAAACUGUCGUAGAAACCCAAACCUCUCUUAUUACAAGCAUUCAAAUAUCCACUGCGAUUGCGACUGUCUCAACUACUGAGGUGGAAACAAAAAUUGAAACCGUUUACAUGACGUUCGACUUACAUGGUUUUUCAAUCAAUGUUUCAGACUCAGUGCUUUCGAAUGAAUCAAAACCAAGAACCCGGGACCCCACUGUAUUUGACUCCUAUCGAAACUCAAAUUUGAGUAUUGCAAUUCCCAACGGGGAACGAGGGCAGCUGUCCCCAUCAUCAAAUAUUGGUCCAAGUAUUCUAUCGACAGACAGUGUAAAAUUCAGGAGUGCCCAAGAUACACCUCAGAAAACAAAGAAUACAACAGAAGGAUUGUCCCAGAAUUCUUCUCCAUCAUUCCAUAAGGAAUCCAAUAGUAACCAGAAUGGUGAACCUAUAGAAGAGAAACUAGUUGCUUUCAUAUCCGAUGAACAUUGUGACGAUCCACAGACGAUUUUGGAUAAUACUGGGUUACAAACGGAACCUGUUCAGACAAAUAUUCAGAGCCAGAGUCCUUUUUUCAAUGAAGGACAGGAUUACGAAAACCGAAAUAUAACUCUUCCUGCCAUCAAUGACCAUCGUCUAGGUGUGGCUCAUGAGGAAAGCGUGAUUGCCACACUAACCAAUUCGAUGAGUCCGAAAAUAACUGCAGAUGUGAAGCAUCCUGCAAAUACUGCGAUUGGUAAAUCCGAAGACUACCAAAGGUCUUUACAAAAGCCGGGACAACUAGAGUCACAACUUGCCACACCGACAAUAAUGCAGAAUAUUGGCGAAGAACGUCAGGUAGAAUUGGAGAUGUCUGAGAAACCCUAUAUGCUAGAUUCUGUUUUACCCAAGGCCCUCGAAAACGAGGAUUUAACGUCAAACGAUUUCCAAACCUAA